CAAUUGGAAUCAAGGUUAAUUUUAAAAAUAAAGUUGGAGGAUUAAUUUGAAUUUUCUUUUCCGGGUCGGUCAAGUACGGCGGCGCAUUUUAUGCGGCCCUCAGAAACCGAGAAAAUAAAAAAGAUUGGUGAAUUUGGGAUUAGGGAUACCGGACUUGUUGAUCGCGAGAUGUUGGAGGUGGUGUUGAAUGAUCGGCUCGGGAAGAAGGUGAGAGUGAAGUGUAAUGAGGACGACACAAUCGGCGACCUGAAGAAGCUGGUAGCGGCGCAGACCGGCACUAGAGCCGAGAAGAUAAGGAUACAGAAGUGGUACACCGUAUACAAGGAUCAUAUCACUCUUAAGGAUUAUGAGAUUCACGAUGGCAUGGGCCUCGAGCUCUACUACAGCUAAAAGGUCCUGUAGCCAUGCAAAUCCAUUGGGAGCAAAAUGACUUGGGAUCUCAUAGUAAGGGAUGCUGUUGUUUCAUUUUACUUUUCACAGGUGGCUUGCGAAUCCAAUGUGGUGUGAGAACAUAUAUUUAUGCAUAAAAACUGUCGGCUUCGUUAAAAUACCAUUAGCAACUACUUGUUUGUAGAUGCAAGCAUGUAGCCAAGUACUCCUUCCAUAUAUGCAUAUCAACUUGAUGCAGCGAGACUCUGUAUUAGCAGGGAAAAUGCUGGUGUACUUUUAUGUGAUUAUGCAUUGAAUGGCUGUAAUGAAAUUAAAAUAUCCAGUUAAAUUUACUGCAACUUACUUUGAA